ACAGUACUUGUUCCAAAAUUUCGCAACCACCACCCCCGACGAUAACUAUGUGAAGAUUCACACUCAACACACACACACCUUCUCCUCUCUAUCACCUCAGGCGAAUUCUCCAUCAGACACCCACUUCAGCUAAUCUUCAUUCUUCACUCCGCUAUUUCCCCAAUUUCAGACCACAAUUUCUUUACUUCUUAUCAGAAUUAGCUUCCCCCAAAUUCACUGCAUCAUUUCUUUUGUUCUUGUGGAUUACAGAACCAGUUGUGGAUGCACAGUAACAUGAUAUGAUAUGUGUGUUUGAUGCCGUUUCUUGUUAAUCUUCUUGACUUAUAUUUUAAUUUCUUGAAGGGUAGAGCGUUUGCCGUGCCCUCCAAGUUCGUUUACCAUUCUAGUCAAAAUUAGGGUUUUGUUAUUGUUUAUUGUCUGUUCUUUGUGAUACUUUUGGUGUUUAUAUUCUGUUUUGGUAAUCGGAGGCUAGAAAUGGAACCUCCUUCUGCAAGUAAUUUAUCUUCAAGUAGCAGUAGAAGUGGUUUAAGGUUCCGAUUACGCGAAAUCAUUCGGGCGCCACUUUUGUCCUUUUUGGAGCAAUCGGGAGUUUUCCACAACCAAUCACGACCAGUUUCUACUUCUGAUCUCGAGAUGCAGCAUGAUAAUGUAAAUGAUGAUGUGUCCGGUGGUGUAGUCAACGGAGGAGAGGAGGUUUCUAUUAGGAUUAUGGGCGCCGUGGAGGAAGAGUUGCCGGCUAAUGCGGUGGCGAAUGGUGGCGGAGUGGUUGGUAAUGGUGAGGAACAAAUAGGUAACUUUAGCGAGAGAGGAGUAGAGGAGUUAAGAAAUGGAGUUGAUGAGCAGACACCUGCAACUUCUUCAAAUAACAAUCGAUAUGAUAUUCAAAAUGUCGCACAAUGGAUUGAGCAGAUUCUUCCUUUCUCUUUGCUUCUCUUGGUUGUUUUAAUUCGCCAACAUUUACAAGGUUUUUUUGGGACAAUUUGGAUAUCUGCAGUUCUAUUCAAAUCAAAUGACAUUUUACAAAAGCAAACUGCUUUGAAGGGAGAGAGGAAGUUUUUUGUUCUUAUCAGCAUCACUGUGAUCUUUUAUCCUUCAUGUAGUUUUUGUUUACUGGUGGUAUCAAAAUGA